AUGCGCGCGACGCGUGAUUCUCCACCUCCGCAGCCGCCGCCGCCGCCGCGGCGGGGCGACGCCGACGCGCCGUCGUCGUCGUCGCGCGCGGCGAGCGUCGAUUUCGCGUGCGGCGUCGUCGCCGGUUUCUUCUACACGCUUUCCGCGCAUCCGUUCGACACGGUCAAAGUCGCGAUGCAGACCGCGCCGCACACGGGGGCGUCCGCGCCGUCCGCGCUUGCGACCGCGCGCGCGAUCGCGUCCGCCCCUGGCCCGGGCGGGGGGAUCCGCGCGCUGUAUAAGGGCCUCUCCGCGCCUCUCCUCGGGUACUCGCUCGAGGGCGGCUUAAACUACGGGGUCGUGUCGCAGACGCGACAGUGGCUGACGCACCGCCGAAUCGCGAUGGACGAGCGCGCGUCGGCUGACCCCCCGACGAGCAGCGGCGCGGCGGCGGCGGCGGCGGCCAUCGCGGACGUCGCCAUCUCCGGCGCCGUCGGCGGGGCCGUCCUCUCUCUCGUCGUCGCCCCGACGGAUCUGAUCAAGUGCCAAGUCCAGGAUGGACAAUUCGCGAGCGCGAGAGAAGCCGUCGCAGCUGGUGGGCGCCUCUGUACAUAUCUUUUCACCGCACACACCUCGCGUCGUCGAACCUACUCUCAUCGGUCGAGCCCCCUCGAUCGGAUCGAUGUGAAACUGACCCGACCGACGUCGAUCGAUCGCGUCGCAGCGUACGAACGCGACGGCAUCCGCGGGUUGUUUCGAGGGACGUUCGCGACGAUGCUUCGCGAAAUUCCUGGGAACGCGCUGUUCUUCGCGACCUACGAGCUGGCGCAGAGUGCGUUCCCGAGGUGGACGCGGAAGCCCGCCCGCCGGGAAGAUGCAUCAUCGACCGUCGCCGCCGCCGGCGACGGCGGCAGUGGCGGCGGCGCGGCGGCGGCGUAUCGCGUCCAGGAAGCCCUCGCGGCGAUCGCGUGCGGCGGCGUCGCGGGGUCGGCGUUUUGGCUCGCGGUUCUGCCGAUUGACGGCGCGAAGACAAGGUGA